AUGGCUACAUCUGAGGACAUCAAAAAUGAGAUAUACAAACUAUCGGUACUUCCAUUCAUCCUCGAAAGGCGAGGCGACUAUGAUAAGGCAAUCGAGAUUCACAAGAGCGCUAUCGAUAUCCUCAGCGCGGCGGCAGAAAAAUUCAGGAAAUCGUCGAACGUGCGCAAAAUAAAUCGCAAGAUGUUCGAAAGGCAGGUCGAUCUGCAUUGCGAACGAUUUGCCUACUUGGAGAGUCUAAAGCGCAAAGGUAGUUUCGAGGGGAUUAUAUUGCCGCCCACAGUACUUGAUGUAAUGCAGGAGCUGGAGAGGGACGAUGGAGAUAACAGUCCUUGGACUCUGUCUCAGAUUCGAAAGGCGCUCCACGACUAUGGAAAGGAGGCGCCAACUAAUACUGAGCCACCGUCUCAACUGAAACCUUUCCUCGACGCGGCAGAUUCGGUCAAGGCCCCAUUCUUCGCGCCGACACUUUCCUCGUCAGCGGAGCCGGUGAUCUACCGGCUCUCUCACUCAUCAGAGCUAGUUGACAUGGGGGUGCGAUCGCACUGGUGGUUCGUCAAGGAUUCAGCCAACAAGCACACACUUUAUGCUCUACAGGCGGUAUGGAGCCAGGAGGUGCCCAUUGUGGAGGCUAUUCUACGCCGGGCAGGAGAGUUCCUCCCUCAGAUGGGUGCCGUAAGCAUAAAGAUGCGCAAGACGAAAGGGGGUUCUUUCCGUUUAGUGACGAGUACAGUGCCCCAGGCCGGGGAUAUUGUCGAGAUCCCCGACGGAGAGGCGCAACGCAAGGACUGGUCCCCCCGGCGGUUCAAGUACGGUGGGCGCAAUUUCGUGUGGAAGAGUGGGCGUGCUGACGGAAAGAGUGCGGACGGGGGCCUAUUCAGGUCGUUCUCGUGGGAAACUCUCUAUGAGACGAAGCGUGUAUGGGCGAAAGAAGGAAGCAGAACAGGGAAAAUGGAAGAUGAGACGAUAGGGCCGAGACUGUGCUGGGGAGAGAAAGGUGGAGGCAACGGAGCGGCUCACUCUAUAUACAUGGUAGGAGGGUUGGAUCUCCAAUUUCGAGAGCAUCUCUUGGCAUCACAGUUGGCAAGGCUGGUGCGGUGCAGUAACCCGCCGCAGAAGGACUCGACUGGAGCGGAAACGGUCUCGGCUGGUGGGGAAAGCAUCCUGUCCCUUGUGGAGUGGCUUUCUUAG